CGCACGAGCACCCUGCACGCACUCUCCGCCUCGUGACGUCGGAUUAAGCGCGAGCAGAAAACAGGGAGGAGAUUCGUGCACAUAAACAAGUCGACUCUCCUCAGCGAGGAAAUAACUUGACACAUUGUUCCACAUCUUCAACACUUUUUUUGCGGAAUCGUCCGUUUGUUUCUCUACUCUACAGAUUACUAUCUGAGAGAUACGAGGACCACCACUUACAAAAAUGAUUGGUAAAAUAUUUGCCCAGCUCCUUGGCAACACAGAGGAAUCAGGGUUAGUUGUGGAGAAUGACAGCUGUGAGGAGCUGCUGGAGUCUGAAGACGGUGAAUGGGUCAUCAUUAACAUACAAGCGAUGUCAGUGGGUCGUGUGGUGUGUGCAGAGCGCCAGGCUCCAGAUGUCACUCGUGGAGGUUCUCUGGAGAACCUGCUCAUCGAGCACCCCAGCAUGUCUGUGUAUCAGAUACGCCGUCGCAGGUUUAAGGAGGAAGACAGUGCUGAUGAAGAUGAUGACCCUCCCAGGCCCCGCUGCCACGCUGGCUGUGUCACCCCUUGCAGGCCAGUGCCAGUCAGGCAGGUUUCAUGGCGUAUCGCAGUAUUCGGCCUCCAGCCGCCAUGCCGCUCCCUGCUGGUCUCUCUGCAGCGGGCCCGAGCUUACACAGAGCGCAGGAAGCUGAACCAUAGUGCCCUCAACAGGCACAACCUGGCCAAGACACGCUUCUUGCCCACUGAUCACCGCUACAGAUACUUCAAGCAACCUACUCGGCGCCCAUGCAACUACUGAACCAGUCUUGAAACCACUCAUGCCUGGAGCCACUGAAUAAACCAACCACACAUGUGAACCUCUGAGUGUUGGCAGAAAGCCUACCAAGGCCAUUAAACAUUAAAACAUGUCCCCUUAAGUGAUGCCAUUACAGGGUUGAGACAACUAGAUUGCAGCUUGCUAUAAGGAAUAUGUGGGAAUCUUGUGUAAUUUCACUAGUGUUGAGGAAGGUAUUUGUUAGGAAAGCGUGUUUAGGACUCACGUUAGGUGCAGUAAUACAGGUGAGGGUGGAUUUGUCUUUUAGCUGUAGUUGGUACACUCAAGUUCCUUUGACAGUAGAGUACGUUUAUUGUGAAACUGAUCUAAGAUAUUUUGAAUGAAAAUAUAAUUGUUCAAUAGUUAUGGAAUGAGGGUGAUAAAGGAUAGAGCUGGCAAGUGAGUAAAAGGUUGUUGGGCUUUGUGAUUUCCUGCUGAAGCAGAUGUUGUAUGUAACCUGUUUUCUCUUAACCAGCACAGACACACUUGCUGUAUUGUCUAAGGUUCCUGUGUUUUAUCUGUAAAUGCAGACUGUAUAUAUUAAUGAAACAUGUUAGUGUUUUGUAUCCAAUAAUAUAUUUGUUUAAAUUCACUUUUAAAAUGCAAAAUAAAAAUGUUUUAUUACUGUUUUAUCA